AUUACAGGCGGAAGUGCAGACCGGAAGUGAGCCUUGCUGUAAACAUGGCGUCCACCGCUGCUGCCCGGACCGCCGGAGCUGUGCGGGCGGUGAAGCCGAUCCUUAGCCGGGAUGUGGACGAAGCCAAGCGGCGUGCGAGGGAGCUGUACCGCGCCUGGUACCGGGAAGUGCCGAAUACCGUGGCGAUGUAUCAGUUGGACAUCACAGCACGUCAGGGCCGAGAUAAAGUGAGGGAGAUGUUCAAUAAGAACAAACACAUCCGUGACCCACGUGUCAUCGACAUGCUCGUCAUCAAGGGGAAGAUGGAGCUGCAGGAGACCAUUCACGUGUGGAAACAGAAGACGCACAUCAUGCGCUACUUCCACGAGACGGAGACACCGCGUCCCACCGACUUCCUGUCCAGGUUUUAUGAAGGACACGCCCCCUGACCUCUCCCUGACCUUUCUCUUUAUCUUCUACGAUGUUGAACUGUAAAUACACUGUGUUACACACACA